AAUGAUCAAAUCACCAUUGGAUUCGUUCGGCGAGUGGACAGAUAUGUCGGUUUUUCUGGAGAUAAAGACCAGGACCGACUUGGCGUCGCUGUUUGUGGAUGUUCCACCAGGUUUCCGCGAGAAACAGCCGGCACAGGAGAAUCAGGAGAAUCGGAGGACCAUAAAAUACGCAGAUAUCAACGUGGUCAACGUCACCGACAACUAUAUCAGAAUCGGAGCUCCACCAACACCUGAAGCUUUGAUUAAAAGAGAAAAAGAAGCGGCAAAUGGACCAAUGAGUAUUAAAAAGCAACAACGGGAACGGAGCACAAGCACAAGUGGCUCACCGACUAAAAAAUCGAGCAAAAAAGCGAAAAAAGCUGAAAACAGAUCCGACUUCAAGCCAACCCGCUUCGGUGCCACACUUCGUGACGUCACAAUCAAAGCUUCAACCCUCUGUUCUCCAACAUUUGCAGACAAUUCAGGCCGUAUUUUCAUGUGUAAAGUGAAUGUUGAACCAUUUGGAACAAGUGGCCCACUCAUUCAAAAAACUGCUCACAGAUUGGCAGUCGAUGUGUGUAAAAUUGAAAAAUUGGAGGAAUUCGCGGCAAAAGCCUUUCCAAAGAUCAUUUGUGCUCGGUGCAAGCAGCUCAUUUUAUCAGAAGAAUAUAUAAUGACUAUUCAAUGUCUUCCAGAUGAUGAUUUUCUUGCAACAACUCAAUCUGCUGACUUUUUCUGUAGAGAUUCGUGUGGAGCCAGUUGCGAUCCUGAUAGACACAAAAACGUGAAGCGAGAAGAGCUGAAAGCGAAUCCAAAAUGGCUUCCAAACGAGAAAAAAGUGAUGAUUAGCUAUGCAAAUUCAAUUAUUCAUAAACAAUCAGUAAUCGAUGGAACGUUGAUAAUUGAUGAUAAAGCUAAUAUUAAAUGUGCUGGAUGCAAGUGUCAAUUGGGAAAAAUUCAAAAAAAUCAUCCGGAUAUCUAUUGCUUUAAUCAAAUUGCAACCACAAUGACUGCUGGUCAAAAAAAGAUUCAAUUUGUCGAUAAACUCAAUAUGUCACAAUUAUCGAUUUAUAUGGCUCAAUUGAUAUUAAAUGGAUGUGAAACACAAUCAUCAAUGAAAUUAGUUAUAAGAACAUUGGAUAAAGUACCAUAUAUGCUUGUAUGGUUACUUGAUUCAUAUGUUGUUAUUGCUAAUGGUACACUUGAAGGACUCCGCUCGGAAGAGGCCGAAGGAUCAGUACUCGUACCAUUCCCAGCAAUUAAACUAUUAUAUAAAGUAUUCAAUAAUCAAACAGCUUCAAAUGAUCCACGUGCAAAUGGAGAAGAUACUUCUGUUGGAUUAAUUGAUCUACCACUUCCAUGUUGUGAAAUGCUCAUUGAGCUUCUGCUCAGGAGCUCACUUCGGAGCCCACCGGCUUGCCGUGCUGUCGGGCAGUUCUUUGUUGGAUACCUUCAAAUUGAUGACAAAAUUUAAAUUUUUCUGCCUAAAAUUGCAUUUUUUUUCUAAAAAUGAGGAGUUUUUCAAGUUUUAUUUAUUUUUAAUUUAAUUUUUUUUGUAAUUUUAGUGAAAAUUUUCAAUAUUUUUACAAGAAAAAAAUCACAAUUUUUGAGUUAAAUUUUGAAAAAUUCCUAUUUCUGGUAUUUUUUUUGCAAAAAAAAUCAAUUUCUGGAUAAUUCGAAUUUUUAAACAAAAUUUCAGACAUUAUUCGCCUAAUUUUUAUAAAAUUAAAAUAAUUUCGGUUUUUUCGCGAAUUUUCGGUGAUAUUUCCACAAAAUUCAAAUUUUGACUUUUUAGCUAAAAAUCGAAAAAAAAUUCGAAAUUUUAGUUCAAAUCCAAAAAUCUGAAAUUUCCCUACUUAUUUCUCAAAAAAAAAAUUUUACCCUUGUUAGGGAAAAAUUUUUUUUUGUGAAAAAUCUGAAUUUUUCCUUUUUUUUCCCCCUUUCGUUGUACAUUUUUAUCCAUUUUCUUCGUUUUCCGAGUGCAAACGCGCUCCACUGACAAUCUCUUUGUAAUUCUCACUGGAGCGUUGUUGCAUCCUAUUUUUAUUCAUUUUUCCUCCAAUUGCCUGCCUUUUCCCCUUCCAGAUACCUGUACAAAAUUAAAUUUUUCCUGGUUUUUUUUCGUCAAAGUUUCCUUUUUUUUUGCUGUUUUAUUAACAUAUUCGGCCAAUCCCGAGGCUGCUAGAAAUGGGAUAUUGUUAGCGGUUUUUUUUCGUUUUUUGAUGGUUCUAAUAAAUGUGAAACGCGGUA